AUGGAGACUUUCGAAGAUGGCUUGUUUGGGGAGGUGGACUCGCAAGAUGAGCACAAGAUGGACGUUGAUAACGGGGAGAGCACAAAGAUCAAACCAAUGAUGAUGGACGAGGACGAGGACGCAGAGGAACUGGGGCUAGACAAUGCAGACACGCAGGUCUGGCUCGUAAAGGUGCCAAAGUUUCUAGCAGAAAAGUGGGCCAGUGUGGAGAUGGAAGAUCAAGAGUUGGGAAGUAUAGAUGUCCCAGCAUUCAAUAGCAGCAGUCGGAAUUUCAAUAACGGUACCAGCAACAAAGCGAGCGUUCACCUGCCCGCGCAACCGUGGGCCGAUGACAUCCCAAAGAACUACACGCUCACCUUCACAAACCUAAAACCGCAAAGCGAGUACAUCUUCACUGAAGAUACCUCGACGGGUCGCGCCAAAGAACUCGUGGGCAAGGUGAUCCAUGAAGGGACCAUCGCUCCAGUCAUAGAUGACGAUUACCGACAGCUGAUGCAACGACGUGCACAAAUGGUUAGCGACAAGAAGCGCAACAUUAAAAUGAUUGAUGUGAAGGGAGACAGAGGACAUACAUGGAUUACUCCUGUUAACGACGUUAUAAAAGAGAAAGGCUUUGGACUCAUGGCAAGAAAGAAGCCACAACAAGACAAAAAGGAGAGAGUGGAACGCACGGAGCUCGUCAAUAUGAUAUUUGAGGCUUUCCAAAAGUACCCUCACUGGACCUUUAAGGGCCUAGUGGAGCGAACGCAGCAGCCGCAAGCAUGGCUGAAAGAAGUCUUGAAUGAUCUUGCUCUCCUCCACAAGCGCGGGCCCUAUGUUGGCACCUACGAGCUAAAGCCCGAGUUCAAGGGACGAGGUGGUUCGACUGGUCCGGAAAACUCAGAACUGGGGAGCAGUGCAGGGGACGCAACAAAAGAGAGCAGAGGAGAGGCUGAAGAAUUGGAUGAUAGCGGCGACGAACUGUUUGAUGAAGCUGAUGAGGAAAUUCUGUGA